UUUACCGUAGUGACUAGCGGCAAGAAAGAAACGAUCGCUUGAUGUCCGUGCACACCUCCGGCGAAAUUGGAGACCUUCAGUGAAAAAAUCAGUGCUUGAACUGGUAACUGUCUUGAAAUGGUUAUUUCUGAACUCUGGCUGGGAGAAGGAGGCAAUCUCCAGAGGACAGUCUUGGUCCAGUCCCAGUCUCAUGUUCCCAUGAUAGGUGUACAG